UACGUUUAGCAGAGCGCGGUGUGUGUCAAUAAAGUUAGGUUGUUGAGUGGCGGCCUUGGCCAUGGCGGCGGUGAAGGUCGCCCUCGGAGUCCGGGCUUUGAGCUCGGGACUUCGGAACUCGCUCUGGAAGCUGGGCCGCCUCAGCCACAUAGCGUUGGCAGUGCCGGAGAUGGAGCGGGCCCGUGCCUUCUACCGGGAGGUGCUGGGCGGCCGAGUGGGCGAGCCGGUGGCUCUGCCCGAGCACGGCGUCAGCGCGGCCUUCGUGGAGCUGGACAACACCAAGUUGGAACUGCUGGAGCCGCUGGGCGAACGCAGCCCGAUCCUCGGCUUCCUCCGUAAGAACCCCGGCGGCGGCAUCCACCACAUUUGCCUGGAGGUGGACCACAUGGCUGCCGCCCUUCAGCAGCUGCGGGCCCAGCAGGUGCGCACCCUGAGCCCGGAGCCUCGACUCGGAGCCCACGGCAAGCCUGUCAUCUUCCUGCACCCCAAGGACUGCGGCGGCAUCCUGCUGGAACUGGAGGAGGCGUGACAGCCGUCCCUGGGCGGCCUGCAAGACCAGCAGAUACUUUAAACGCGAUCAUUAAACGCCCACCCACUUCGAUGGAGACGAGAAGUCAAAUGCUGCUCCGAUUGAUCCUGAUGCAGGGUUACGACCCCCAAAUGAGUGGACAAUUUCCUCCCUAAAAUUCUGCUCGAUCCCCAGAGUUCUUCGGGCUGAAUGUUGCUCGUUGAGAUCAAUUAUUUAUUCAUCUUCUCUAUCUAUUGAUACUAUCUACCCUGUUCCACCUGUUCUGUUAAUAUCACCCAAUGCCCUGAGCUUUCUUUCAGCACCAGGAUUAAUCCAAGUCCGCAGGAGACGUUUGAUCACUGAGAGCAGCUGGCAACUCCUAAUCUGGUCAGGCAUCAUCUCUGAGAAGAAGAACAGUUUUGACUGGAAGUAGUAUCGCUGUUUCACUUUUCAUCGACCUUGCCUGCUUUGCUGAGUGAUCCCAGCAUUUUUUAUUUUUGUUUCGGAUUUCUGGCAUCGUUUUCGACUCACUUGAAGUAGAUUAACUGGUGUUUUACUUUGAAUAACUGUGUCAGAUUGGACUAAAGCUUCCAAUGGGAUUUUUUUUCCUCGCCAGGCAUGUUCAAUCGACCAGUAAAUAGUUUUCCAAUGAUUGCAAGGGGAUUGGAGUGAGGUUGUCUAUAACUUAUUUAAUCAUUCUGAAUUUUGUGCCAUAGCCUUUACAGAUCAUUGGAAAUAAAGGCUGGGAAGUUUGUACAAUUUAUUUUUAAAUAUAUGCUUCUGUAUAAUGGUCAAAUCAAAUAUUAAAUAGGCAUUCUGUACCUUUCAAAAUGCUGUUUAAAAAUUCCAAGCAAUUUUAUACAAACUUGUCAACCUUUCCAAAGAGUCAGUUUAUUGGCAUUUUUGUUUGCAGUAGAAGGCAGUGGAGAAGGAAAACAUUGAUUUUAAACCUCCGCUGUCUUGCGGCCAUACCCACCCAUGGGAAAGGCUUCGGGAGUAAACCCCGAGGAAGAAAGCUGGAGCUAGGGUCCCAAAGGCAGUUUGAUGUUGUUUACAACUUCGCUCUGGCAACCUCUGCGACGACACUGGUGCCGGGCUGUACCGGCGCUUACCCUUCCCUUGGACUACAUUGGUGACGUGGAGAGAGGGAACCUGCUGCAUGGGCAACAGCCAGUUUUUCGAAUCUUCCUCCCAGAAUUGCACCCUGGAGAGGACGCAGUCCACCAGAGUUGCAAACCCAUGAUCCUCUGGAAUCGACAGCUGCCUACUAGGAAGCAGUGUGAACACAUUAAACAGUCAGAAUUAUGUUGCCGUUAUGAAACAUGGCGGUUUGAAAGCCUUGUGUUAUAGUCAACCCCUCGUUGAGUACAAAGUAGAGCAGAGCUCUCCAGCUAGCCACAAUCGUUGAAAGGUUUGGCCAGUUUAAGGCCGGGUGUGGGCCGAAUGAGGAUGCCAGGGCUAAGAGUGAGGAACAAGUGACAUUUGGCCAUUGUUGGAGCAGAUGGGGCCAAAUCAAAGCGGUUGGGCCUGGGAGCAAGAAACGAGCUGAGGUUUUGACGAUUUAUGCAAUGGGUCAGGGUGUUGGGGAUGGGCUGGUGUUCAGCUUGCUGCUCUGUAAGGUUUAUUCAUCUCAGCACUAAGCUGAGGCGGUGGCCUGCAACUGAAGGGCUCCUGGACCAGCUGCAGUGAUGACUGGCUUCGUGGCUGCGGACUCACAUUCGCGAAUUCCAGUCUUGAGUCUUAUUUAUUUACUUAUUUGCACAUUGGGUGUUUGACCAUUUUUUAAUUGGUUCUAUUGUGUUUUUUUGUUCUUGUGGCUGACUGCAAGCAAAUUAAGGUUGUAUAUAGUAUAAAUUGUACUUUGAAAUAUCACUCCUGAAUGUGGCUGUGUUCGCUCUGACCUGUGCAGGCAACAGAAGCUGUGAUUGUCCUUCAACCACGUAGGAUAGUAGUGCUGCAAUAGGUCAUCGUCAGUCAUGGCUUCUACGGGCAAUUGUUGUUUGGCCAGAUCCUGUGCAACAUGAACACCAGGUCGUUUCUGUGUCCUCCCUCUCUUUUAACCUAUUGCAUCUAGUGUUGGGCUCUGCCCCCCCCCCCCCACCAAGCCCUGGGGGGGUGGGGUGAACUGACAACUGACAGUACACCUUAUCUAGGCCCCUCGUGAUUUUAAAGAGCAAACACGAGGAGAUCUGCAGAUGCUGGAAAUUCAAGCAACACGCACAAAAUGCUGGUGGAACGCAGCAGGCCGGGCAGCAUCUAUAGGGGGAAGCACUUCUCCCUAUAGAUGCUGCCUGGCCUGCUGUAUUCCACCAGCAUUUUGUGUGUGUUCCCUCAUGAUCAUAUGCCUAUUAGGUCAGGCCUCCUCUCUCUAACUCGAGCCUUUCAUGCCCAGUAACCGAUAGGCUGCUGUUUAUGUUUGAACUCUAGCUGAUAAAGACAGUUUUCUUCCCACCCCUCACCACCACAGUCUUCCCAGCAGCACAGUGAGAUGCACAGCAUUCCACUCAGCUCCCCCCCCAACCCCGAAAGGAAACCUUUCCAGAAAAAGGAUAGUACAGUGGAGGCUGCAUGUUAAAACAAAAUGCCAAAUACAAAUGGUCUCUGUGGAAAUGUCUAAUGUCGAACUAAAAAACAAUUAGUUGUUUUUUUUUCCCAGUCCUGUGAAGUGAUACACUGACAGUUAUUCAAAUCAACAGUGCUCCUUAAAGUUUGAGUAUUUGUUUCAAAUAAAUAGCAGCUCUGUGGGCCGAUAUAGGAAGCCAUA